AUGCGCAACCAAUCUUCCCCGCCUCGGCGUCCGACGGGUUUGGUGGGAGCCACCCCAGCGUCCCGAUCGCCCGACUCCUCCGUCGACCUUCUAACUACAAUGUCCGGCAUCAGACAGACUACAAGGAGACGAGAAAGGACUGCUGCAUCCAUGUUGAAACAGGAUUCGAUAGCUGAGGAAUGCUCUUCCAGAUCACCCAGUCCGACCUUGACCACCACAGCUCUGCUGCCGCAUUCCAGACAUCCCAGCACGGGCUCCCAAUGUUCUCAGUCUCCGCGACUUGAGAAUAAUGGACUGGUCAGAACGGCCAGCCGACUGAUGACCUCCCAUUCCCCGACAAUGGAACGGAAAGGAAGUUGUUCGCCCCAUAAUGCCAUCGCAAGUUCAUUUAAUUCAAGUGCUUCAACAAGACGAAGAGGAUUUCAACGAGCUCCAUCGACGGCCCAAUCCGACGUCACCGAUGCUCAGACGACCCGACCGUGUAUUCUGGAGCCUCUCCAUUCUUGCCUCAGUUACGAGAACAAUUCCAAGAUUAGAUUCGACAUUUCUUCGUCAGCUUCUUCCUUGCGCAACUCCAAUUCGUCCUCUUUAUGGAAACCAACAGCAACUUUACCAGUGCCUGGGGCAAUAAGUGGAAAUGGAGCCGGCUCCUUGAAAGCCAAUGGAUUCGUGCCCCCUUCGAUGCUGUUGUCAGCAGGAUCAGCACGAGAUCCCAGUCGAUGGCAUCUUUGCAUAACCAAACAGCGGAGUCAGAGUGAAUCGGCCUUUAACAACAGACAUCUCCAUUUGCCCCCAGGCUAUGGUGGAAUCAGUCCAACGGGCUCUACCGGCGGCUUCCCCAUGUCUUACCAUCACGAUCAGGCGGGUAUUCUGACUUCCCAUCACACGCAUUCGGCCAGUCUCUCCGGCUGUCCCACCCAUCGGCGCUGUUCGAUGACUUUACUCAAUCCCCAUAAAGAACAGGCCAUUCUCAGGAGAAUAUUGGGGCCAAAUGCCUUGGACUGGUUAAAAGACAACAGGCUGAAGAAGGAGAAAAGUAAAAUUUAAAAUAACGAUGCCGAGUCAACGAUUAAUAAUGGUAUGUUUUAGGCGAACAACAGUCCAAGAAAUCCUUAUCCGUUCUGAGCGACGACCUCGAAGGACAGAGAAAUAUUGAUGACGCGAAGACGCCACUGGUAAAGGACAAUGAAAAGUAAGUCGGUUGUAAAGAAAGGGUACUGUUAUGAGUGCAUUUACGUAUUCAUUCUGAAUUGUUUUAGAGGUGGACGUCUCAUAAAAAGACAAUAUUUAUAUGAAGUUAGAAGGGCCACCAGUGACUAUGCCUUGUUCUUUGCCGUCAUUGGCAUUGGUAAGUGCAAUCCCUGGUUGUUUAUUUCGUACAGUAAUGAUGGUCAUUGAAAACGAAUUAUCCGCUGCCCAUGUUUACGAGAAGGACUCCGUUCUGAGUAUUUUAUUCAAGAUAAUCAUUGUUCUCAGCACUGGAAUUCUGAUUCUUUUAGUCAUCAAAUUUCAUGUUCAUGAAGUUCAGGUAAGAAGGCCGUUUUUAUUUUUCUGUGAGUCCAUGAAUACAAAUUUUUGGAAUUUUUUCUUUUUUAUUAACGUACAUUUUGUCUUCUGUCCCUUAUAAAUUACUUUUCAGCUUUUUAUGAACGCGAAUUCUGCAGAAGAUUGGAGGAUUGCGUUAACUUGGGAGCGCUGUCUUCAGAUUGCGGUUGAAUUGGCGGUAUGCUCCAUCUGCCCGGUCCCCUUCAAUUAUGAUUUCCUUUGGACAACGGUCCACAGCGAUGGAAUUACUGUAACCUCGACCUGGGUCUCCUUGGAUGUGGCGCUCUCAAUCCCCAUGUUCUUCAGGAUUUAUUGGAUAUUCCGAGUCAUGUUAUUGCACAGUCGUCUCUUCACUGAUGCCUCCAGCAGAAGUAUCGCCGGCUUGAAUAGGGUUAACUUUAAUUCGAGGUUCAUUCUGAAAACAUUGAUGACAAUAUGUCCUGGUGAGUGCCAUAAGAUGAUUACAUCUUUCUUUUGCACCAUUCAGAGACGAUUAAAGGAUUCGCUUUCUAUUAAUAAUUUUUAGGGACGAUGUUGUUAGUAUUUACGGCCUCCAUGUGGGUAAUGGUGGCGUGGAUCCUCCGUCAAUGUGAACGUCAUCAUGCAGGGGAUCCUCCGAUAAGCAUGCAUGCUCUCAAACAUCAGAACUAUCUCAACUCUUUAUGGUUUAUUGCAAUUACGUUUCUGAGUGUUGGAUAUGGUCGGUCCUUUCGGAGGUGUUUUUAUCUUCUUUAGGUGACAUUGUACCCAAUACUUAUUGUGGGCGAGGAAUGGCCGUCAUAACGGGAGUCCUCGGGACUUGCACUUCUUCGAUGGUGGUUGCAGUAAUUGCAAGGAAAUUAGAAUUAACAAGGGCCGAGAAACAUGUUCACAACUUUAUGAUGGACACCCAGCUCACCAAACAGGUAAUAUUUUACAUUAAAGUUGCAUCAUAACGCAAUAUAAUUAGUUUAAUGUUCUAAAUUUAGUUGAAACAUGCGGCUGCAAAUGUUCUGAGAGAGACGUGGCUGAUCUACAAAUACCGGCGACUGGUUGAGAAGAUCGAUCCCACCAAAAUACGUCAUCAUCAACGCAAGUUCCUUGUCGCCAUUUACGCGUAAGUCGCGAAUUGUUUUAAAUUACUUAUAAUUGAAUCAGAUUACGCAAAGUCAAAAGAGAUCAAAGAAAAUUGGCCGAGAAUUCCGUAUCCUUAGGCGAUGUCGCAAAGGUAAUUUAAAAAGUGGACCAUAACAACAAAAUUUAGACAACUUCAAACACCCAUGAAAUGAUCCAUGACAUCCACAGCAUUCAGGAAGGACUGGCUGUUCGAAUGACCUCAGUGGAACAUCAGUUAUCCGACAUCCAACGGGAAAUCGGGUCUCUGUCUGAAUUAUUGCGAAGCCAAUACCAAAGAAGGCCCAGUGGAAACGAUCGGGACUCUGAUCUCAUCUCCGUAGACUCAGUCCGUCGACGAAAACACACCAUGCAACAAGACACUUCAUAUCAGUAG